GAAGAAUAGCCUCUGACCAAGAAUAAAAAUUGUUGUCGGAAUAAUAUGCGAACAGAUCAUGAAGAACUCUGUGGCACCAGUUAUGGAUCUUUUUGUCUAAAUGGAGGGAUUUGUUAUAUGAUUCCUACUGUAUCCAGUCCAUUCUGCAGGUGUAUUGAGAAUUACACAGGAGCCCGUUGUGAGGAAGUCUUGCUGCCCAGCAUCAAGUCCCAAACAAAAGGUGACCUGUUUGCAGCUUUCUUGGCUUCACUUCUUCUUCUAGGAGUUCUUGUAAUUGGAGCAUUCUACUUCCUUUGCAGGAAAGCUUCCAUUCCAAGGACGAGUUCUUCAGAGUGUGGUGCCAACCUGGUUGAAACUACAAGCAGCAAUGGCUGCAACAAAAUAAUAACAGAGUAAAGCAUUAGAGUGGAAGAAUGGUGGAAAAACAACAUGCAGAGCAACCCUAAGAAUACAAUAGUUGUAGAGGAUGAUGUGGUAAGCAAGAUGAGAGAAGAAAGUAGACUGAAAUAGGAGGCUUACUUAUGUGUUGGAGAAGACUGCAACUAAGACAUAAAGAGAAACAGUUGCACUUAUUAGAGUUUCUAUGUAUUUUUAAAGGUGUAUCAAAUUAUACAGAAAUCACUAUAAUCACUAUAAUUUAUGUUUGAAUUUUGUGAGAUUUUUCAAGACAAGCUACUGUUUUCAAUAAUGCACAGGUAGAAGCAUGAGAUAAUUUUGGGUUUUACUGCAUGGGAAAUAUGGAAUAAUCUUUUCACUGCACAGAGAAUAUGAGAUAAUCAUAGGGUUUUUAACAUCAGGUAAUACUACGCAUUUUUGAUAGGAUUGUCCUUUUUCACAGGAUUGCCCCAGAGGAGUUGAGGACUGUCUUGAUUCAAUAGUUUCAAAAUUUGUAUCUGUGAUACGUGCCCAGAAUUUGGCUUGUUUCAGAUACACUUACCAGAUGUAGGGGAAAAAAGUACCUUUC